AUGAAGACAGUGGCAGUUCUGGCGUUGCUGGUCAGCGCGCGCUGCGCCAAGGUCAGAAACUCCGGAGCUGCCCCCGAGGUCUCUGAGCAGGCCUUCCGUGGCCUGGACCGCAACCGGGACGGGGCCAUCACCCCAGACGAGCUGGAGGCGGAGAUCUUCGACUCCGCAGACGCGGGCGUCACCUGCCAGCCCCUCCGGCGCUAA